UCUGUUUCAUUAUUGUGAUUUACACAAUCCUAGUUUCAACCUCUAUUAUCCAACCGUUUAUAGGAUAAGACCCAUGUUUGAAAAUACUCAUAGAAUUCCUAUUUAUGAUGGAAUCAGCCUUAAGAAUGGACCUGAGGCCUUUUCUCUGCAUAGUUGCCCGGAAAAUAAUUAGCCACUUCUUUUCUACAACCUUUUUUUUUUUUAAAAAAAAUUGACUAUUAAUGCCCUUGUAUGUUCCUCAGGGUAUCAAAGCAGUCCUUGCAGAGAGCUAUGAGAGGAUUCACCGCAGUAAUCUGGUGGGCAUGGGAGUCAUCCCUCUACAGUAUCUCCCUGGCCAGGAUGCAGAGAGCCUAGGACUGACAGGGCGGGAACGUUACACAAUCAUUAUUCCAGAGGACCUGACACCUGGAAUGAAUAUCCAGAUCAAAUUGGACACAGGAAAAACUUUUCAAGCCAUCAUGAGGUUUGACACAGACGUGGAGCUCACCUAUUUUCGCAAUGGCGGCAUCUUGAACUAUAUGAUUCGCAAAAUGGCAUCUUAACCCCCCCAAAUGAAGCACUGCUCAUAUCCAGAAACCCACCUUUUUCUGAGGACAAAGGCUCAUUAAUUAUAAAUGCUGUAAUUAUGAAAAAGAAAAUAUACAGUAACAAGGGAAUUAUGGGCAGUGUUCCCCAGCAUAGUGCCUUCCAAGCAUAUUAGGACUACAACGUCCAGUCUUUCAGGGCUGACGGGGGCUCCUGGGGGAUGUGGUUCCAGCAGAAUUGAAGGGAGAGGCUUGUAAAGGGUGUGUUUCUACACUGUCAACCCUAACCUUUUGGCCCCUAGCCUAAUUUAUGUGUAUAUUUGAACUCAUCCCUUCUACAGUACUGUAUUUCAUCCCUCUAUUUUGUACUUGUAGGUGGGACAGAAACUUUUAUCAUCCAUGUAUAUGGAGGCUAGAUCCUUUUCAACAUUUUAUACAGCAAUUAACAGUACCAGUUUCUUUUCCUGCCUGCCUCAGAAGUUACUAACCCUGUAUUAUUGCAUUAAAAGCGCUUAUCAAAAUCCGUCCUUGAAAUUUUAAUAUUGCUAGAACGAUUAAAUGGCUUGGCUCUUUA